UCGACCAGGCGCCAGAUGGGUGUUAACCGACAUGUUAAACAACCAGACUGCUGCAGAGACGGGUCUUUAGGAUACCACCGCCAAGGAGCAGGCAUGUUUUUGCAAAAGCUGCUGGUGCAUUUGUCGACAGUAUGCAUGUUUUUGUAUAUGAUAGGACUCAAUGUCACGGUCAGGAUCAUGAACCAUAUUUCACCAAGCCUCACCAAGAGGAUGAUUCUCAGAAUGGGUGAAAAGACCACUAUGACCCAAAAUCCCAACUUUAAGUAUGAAGACUGGGGUCUGACAGUUACAACUAUGAACUUCGUCAAAACCGCGUCUUAUCACAUGUGGUUGUCUCUCGGACAAGACGCUUUUGUAGGGAGAGCAGCUCCGGACUCGCCUGUGGUCAGCAUGGAGGGAGAGAAAAUGAGUAUCUUCAAGUAUAUGAAAGGCAACAGACCGCUGGUAUUGAGUUUUGGAAGUUGCACCUGACCCCCGUUUAUCUACAAACUUGAGGAGUUCAAGCAACUCGUCAGGGAGUUCAGCGACGUGGCUGACUUUCUUGUGGUCUACAUCGCCGAAGCACAUUCAACAGAUGGCUGGGCAUUUACCAGCAACAUUGACAUCAAAGAGCACCGGAGCCUGGAGGAAAGGCUGUCUGCAGCACAGAUCCUGGUUCAGAAGGAGCCCCUGUGUCCAGUGGUUGUGGAUGAAAUGAAUAACGUCUCCGCCAUAAAGUAUGGCGCUCUGCCCGAGAGGCUUUACGUGCUGCGGGCGGGGAAAGUUGUCUACAAGGGUGGGACGGGGCCUUGGGGCUAUGAUCCCCUGGAGGUGCGUUCAUUCCUGAAGAAGAUGAAAUAAGAAGGUUGUUUCAGUCUCAAGACAAGCCACAUAUGGAAUAUUUGCCAUUUGGCCAGUCUCAUAUGGUGCGAUCUCUGUGUUCAAUAAGGGCCAGUGGUGUCAGCUGUGAUCAACAUACAUAUAUUACAGAUACACGGCAUGACCAUACCUUUUUUUUCUUUCUUUUUUUGUGAUCAGAUUCAAAACAUUACACUGCUACAUUUACUAGUUCAGCAGCUUGUUUCUGGCAUCUCUUACAACAACCAUUGCAUGAGUAGAAACAUUAGAACUGCUUCAGAUUUGCACAAAUACUGCCUUUAGGCUCUCCCGGACUCUGAAAAUGCAUCUCACUCAUCAGUCUCUCAUCUGGAACUUGCCUCUCAUUGUUUCUUAGUGACAGCUGCAGAGUAAACCGUUGGCUUCUGUAGCCAGAUGAAGAUGACACACUGAGAGAAAGUCCACUGAAGAGUUUGUGUUUGAGGUAUCACAUAAUAUGCAGGAGAUGUCACCAAAGUUGCCCUUCAUUUUAAUGAAAAUUCUCUUGCUUUCCACUUCUCUCGCAGGUUCAGUUAUCUUUAAGUCUGCUCUCGGCAUUUGAAUCUGUAUUAAUCACUAAGGGUUUCUAUCGUCUGCGAAAUGCUCCAAGAUAAUUUCACAGGAUGCUGCUUUUUACAUGAUGCUUACAGUACAAACUUCUGGCAACUGUAAUCUGAUGAUGACUUAAAAGUGGACAUUUUCUCAAUUAUACUGGAGCAUUUAUGAUUAAACACAUUUAAUGUAUAAUAAGAAUCUUGUUAAACAAUCUGCAUUUCUUUGAAUGUUCUAAUAUCACAAUACAACUUCUUUUGAAUGCUGGCAUUGUAGUACAAUAAAAAUAAUCUGGCAAGACUC